AUGUUCAGGCGCGUACCUCCGGAGCUGAUGGACCAUGUUGAGGACUUCGUUUGUCGUGAGUGUGUCCGCGCCGCUUUCCCUGAUCUCGACAACCCCCAAAGGGACCCAGACAUUGAUGACCCGAACAUGGAAGAAUCACUGAGGAACUCCGAGGCGCCUCCCCCGCUGAGUCUUGAGGAGAUGCAACGCAGAGAACGUCUUUCAGCGAUGAGGCGUGCUCAAUCUCAGACCUUUAAGAUAAAAAGGAUGACCUCUACUUUCUUCCGUGUGCGCAGUGCGAAGGAUGCGAUACCAGUGGGCGCAAGCAAGUCUUCGCUUGAUCUCGACGAUCUGGCCAACGAUGAGGACGACGGAACUUGCAAGGUUUGUUUCGAUGAUCCUGCUACAAUAGUGCUUCUGCCCUGUGGCCAUGGGGGUCUCUGCCAAGGAUGUGCCAAAGAUCUUGUGUUGUCCGGGAAGCCGUGCUAUAUUUGCGGAGAGGAAUACCAUAUGUUGGCUGAGCUGAAGUUGAAGUCUAGUGGGGUAAUCGAUGACGCCGAUGAUGCGACGACGGGGAAAGGAAGGUUCAUAGGUAAACUUAUCAGACCCGACUCUCUUCACCAUUCUAAGUCUAUCUCUGCGAACGAGCCAAGCCCGCCGAUUUCGGAUUCAUCCUCUGGAUCGCCCCCAGCGGUCCCAGCAUCUCGGAUGAGACAAAAUACAGCUCCGGUGGGCGCUGGAGGAGUAACGUCACUAUAAUCACCAGCAGGAGGUUGGGUAAUUUUCGAGCUGACUGGCGUAGUCUAUCCAGCUCUGUCCCCGGAUUUACCUUCAUUGUGGUUACCAGAGGCUAUCGAUUAAUUCUUUGUUAGUAGUUAUUGACUUCUUUUAUCCCAGGUGUAGAGUAUAUUGUUGGCGACUUUACUUU